CAGGAGCAGGGGGGAUGAACCGCGAGGAGGCCCCGGGGAAGUCUCCUGAAGACAUGUACGUUCAACAGAAAGUGCGGGUCCUGCUCAUGCUAAAGAAAAUGGGAUCAAAUCUGACGCCCAGUGAAGAGGCUUUUCUCCGGAAUUACGCAGGUGUGGUCCACAGUCAGAUGAGCCAGCUACCACAGCACAACAUAGACCAGGGUGCAGAGGACGUGGUCAUGGCGUUCUCGCGGCAGGAGGCGGAGGAUCGGCGACAGUGACACUGGUCCCCUCAAUCUCCCUCCACUGCACCCCCUCUCCACCCCUCCCCCCCCGCACGUGAUCCACACAGCAACCCAAACUCCACAAACGCGACACUGAUGAGCUCAGGAGAGGAGGGGGCCCAGGAGGGACAGGAGAGGAGGGAAUGAGACUCCAGGAGGUGGCUGCCUCACUCUCUCCCCCAGCCUCUUCAACCCCCCCCACUCGAGCUGGCCCACCAUGACCUGAGAGUCACUAUGUGCUCAAGCCUCGGCAACAAGGCAGUCAGUGAAAUCACUCGCAGGUCGUGUGGAUGAAUAUCAAAUGUAGUUUUUUUUUCUGUGGGUGGGUGGGUUGGUUUUGUAUUAUUUUGUCUGUGUUGAGACAUUAGGCAGUGUUACGUGAUAUAUCUGCUGCGGUCACUGGAGCAAAGUGACCGGCAGCAGCUGAUUGAAGCAAAGAGAAAUAUAGUUUGGGUCAAGCAACGAGUGUGAUGGUCGAUCGUGUUAGGGGAGACAUUUUUUAUUAUUUCUGCUUACCCUAAUGGGGCUGACAUUGUUUUGAUUUAGCUGAUGUGUCAUUAAGGCUUUUGUAUUGUCACACAAGGGGCCUCAUUUAUAACAUUUGAGGUGUAUAGAAAAAGGCGUGAAAUAUGGCAACGCCAUCUCCCACGCAGCUGUUCUAGAUACUCUGGAACAUUUCUGAAACUUCCAUGCUGAAGACAAAGUAGCCAAAUAAAGUUUAAUGUAUUAAUAACUCUUCUCAGAAAAGUAAUGUUUCUUUUAUUUAUAUAUAUAUAGUCCUUCCUAGCCUGUGAGAAAGGUCAGGCUGCACCCGUAAACAUUCUGGGAACAAAACCCCUUUUUGUUAACGUAUUUCUAGGGCGGGUCCUAGCACAGGAUGCAGCACCUGAGCAGCAAAACAUUAACAUGCCGACAGAAAGAGGGAAAUGCUGAGUGAAAAAGGAGGA